AUGACAAGAAGACGCAAAGCCCCCGUCUUAGCCUAUUCACCGAGUUCCAACGGCCAUUCUUGCAGGAAGACGAAACAAAACGGCCGUGAAACCGGAGAAGCAACGACGCCAGAGGCCGCCGACGACGACGACGACGACGGCUGCGAAGAAGACGAACAAACGGUAGUUGAGGCCAAGAAAGCCGAUCUGAUCGAGGCGACACCCAUGGGGUGGAACGACGACGUUGUCGACGAGGUCGACAACAACGUCGUCGUCGCCUCGCCCUUUGGACAGUUGAUGAACAACGAUGGCAACAUCUCCGACAUGUGCAAAGAGCAGGUCGGUAUCGCAGAGAAUUAUUUUCUUUUUCAGUUUCAUACUAGAAUUUUCACCCAUGUUCUAAUGAGCUCUGAGAAAUCUGAAGAUCAAAAUUGAACAGCGAAUAAGAAUUGUUUACUCUUAUCAGUUAAGAAAAACCCUGCAUAAAAGGUUUCGCUGCUCAAUCUUUCGUGUUUUUUUCUUUCUUGGCUCAAUUUUGCAGACUGCAUCAUAUAGUAGAUGGAUUGGGUUUUGAAAAGUAUCCUCAAAGAGAUCUAGCCCUCUUCCAUUUUCCAGAGUCCUUCAAAUUGUCUUCAUAUAUAUAUAACCAGCUCACUAAAAAUCGAACUUUCGCUGAAACGUGCUGACGCAAACGGAAAAAAAACGUAGCUUCUCAGUUCAAACUUUCCACCUGAGUUUUCUGGAAGAUCGCUCAAAAAAAAGAAGCGGACGCAUUGCAAAUGAAGUUCGCGUUGCCAACAACACCCGCAUGGCGUAACAUCUGCCAUCAAAUAAGAAAAAAAAAGUAGAAGAAGAACGGCCAAAGAUUGGAACAAUUAGGUCUAACGGAAAAUCCCGCGGGAAACUUUAGGCCCUUAAAUGAGGCCCGCCAUUAACUCUUUCUUUCCGUUUAGAUAAAAAUUUAACAUUCCUCCUGAUAAGUUUCUUUUUUUUUACUAUCCGGAAUUCUUAAAAUCUGAUUUUACAAGUUGCAGCCUACACGUGGUGCUGUAAACAUUUUUGUAGUCCUGGAUUUCGUGGGAAAAAAAGACUUUUGCAAAGCUAGAGAAACGAAGCUGCAAAGCUAGAGAAAUGAGUUCCACAGCGGACAUCUUACCAAAAACCGAGAAUUACCAAGCGUGAUGAAAAAAAUGGUCUUGAUUUGAAAUAACUCAUGAAACGUGUGAAAAAGGAGCGUUUGAAUGCUUAAUCACUUACUACAUACAUAAGUUUGCUACGUCUUUUUGAAAAUCGUUGCUCUUUUUGAAAUAAGGAAACAAAAAUCUUUUUUGUAACGAUUAUUUUGCCAUUUAGCACGGUGAAUGGCAAGUAAUUGUCGUGUUGAAUUACUCGGUUGGCUUGCGCAUUCCUAAAGAAAAUCUUCGUGCUCUUCUUCUUUCUGAGAUUUCUCUGCUCAUGCUUCUGUGGUUGCUCAUAAGUUCACUCAAUUAGAAAUUUCGAUUUUAAAAUUUGAAACGAAAAAUUACAAAAUUAAUUGAACUGCUCUCUUGGAAAAUAAUAGAGGAUUCUCGGAGUUGAAGCAGGUUCUCUACUUCGGCAAGUCCCAAGAGUUUCAAUAAGAUAUUUCAAGAAAAAAAUUGUGUUCUAAUAAAACUUUUCGGAAAUCUAUCUCUUUUUCUUAUGUGAUUUUUUUCUUUACUUUAUAUGCCAACUAUUAAUUAUAUUUUUCUUCCUCAAUUUCUUACAACUGCUUCAGUUCUCACAUUACUUUUUUUAUUUCGAGAGAAAACGUUUCACUGUCUACGUUAUGAUGUUAUCGCCAUAUUAUACUUCGUUUUCUGAUUAAAAUUCUGGUAAUUUUUCAAAGAUUUUUUUUGAAAACUAUUUGAUGAAUUGUCAAUAAUAUGAUUAAGAUAUCUGACUGAUUUGGAAAAAAAAAUGUAUUACUGAGGCAAAAAAAUUCCCUUAAAGUAGUUUUUAAAUAUUUAAUCAAACGAAUCUCCACUGUAUAUGCUCAAAAGAUUCAAAAACAUUUCAAAGUUACGCUAUUCAAGAACCCAUGGGAAAAUUGAGAGGAAACUUCCCAAUUUUUUACGAUGAAAAAAAGAACAAAAGCGCUAAAAAACAAGAGAGAAGAAUAAAAAAAAAGAGAAGAAUUGGCGUCUUUUUAUCUAUAAAAAUGUUAGGAAGAUAUUUUGCAGCUGCGGCUCCUGAUGCUGCAAAACGCGGCGAGCGGCGAGAUGCUGCCCGGGCCUCUUCUGGCCGUCUUCUGCAUCCCGGCGGUCAUCAUCAUCCUGCUCACCGUCUUCGGCAACCUUCUCGUCCUCUGCUUCAAGGCGCGAGUCGGACGCACCAACACGACCUUGUUGGUGUGGAACCUGGGUCUGACCGACUUCCUUGUCGGCAUCAUUGUCCUGCCUCUCGGAGGAUUUCAUUUGAUCUACCGCCGGUGGAUCUUCGGACGGUUUCUCUGCCGAGUUUGGGUCGCUGCCGACGUCACCUUUUGCACUUGUUCCGUGGUCAGUUUUCCUUUCUUCAUAUUUUCCUUUGUUUUAUUGCGAAGAGUCCUUCCUAAUAGGAAUUUCCCUUUUCAAUAAGUUGAGGAGCAAAAAUUUUUAAAUUUUUCUUGACCCAAUUGAUCUUUUGUUUUCCAUUCUUCUCGAUGAUGUCCCGUUAUCCCUAAAUCGAAUCCACAAAAGUAAAACAGCCGCAAUUGUUUAUUUUGCCUGGCGCCGUGACCUUUUCGUGAACUUUAUUUUGGAGAGAAGCAGUGCUUGAGAUUUGCAUGUGCAUCACAACAAUUGCUUUUUCUCAUUUUUCGAGGGCAAAUACGGCAGAGAUUCGAAAAAAGUCCGGAAAGCUCUGUAUAUUCUUCUAAAAAAAAAAAAAUCAAUUCUUUCCCAACUUAUUGAAUUCUUAAAAGUUGUCUACAGUCCCGGAUAACUCUGAAAACAGUUCAUUCGAAUUAUUCCAAUUUUAUUUCACCUAAAUUCAAAAAAAAAAAACAUGAAAAUUUCGUUCUCAAUGAAUUUUCUCCUCCCUUUUAAGAAAUUCUCUGUGUGAGCCAUUUUCCACUCAAAGAAGCGCUGCUUACCUCUCACUCGCUAGCCCCAUUCACGCGAGAAAUCUAAUAAGCUCCCGAACGAAAAUUUUCAUUUUUUUCACAGCAUCAAAAAAAUAAAAAAAUCUUCCGACUGAAGAAAGAGGUUAUGAGGCUAUGGGGGCAAAAUUACAUCUUUUUUUCCGAUAUUUUUAAAAAUAAACGAAAAAAAUUGAACCAUUCAGAAAUCUUCUGGUGGGUUUCCAAAGUUUUUAAUAUUUCUGAGAGAAAGAUAAAAACUCUGAGAUUUCAGUAAUUCUCAUGCUGAAGUCAUUCGGAAAAAAAAAACAUGAGAACGAAGCUCAAAGUAUUGAGAGAAAAGUCCCACAUAUUCUCAUGACCAAAUUCAUGUGAGCUUCAAAUCUAGCCUGAUAAAAUGCGCUUGCAGGUAACGAUUUGUGUGAUAUCGGUGGACCGGUAUCUGGCCGUUACGCGUCCUUUGCGCUACAAGUCCAUCGUUACCAAGACGAAAGUCGUCCUCGUCAUGCUCAUCAUUUGGACUUUUUCCUCGACCAUUCUGCUCACCACAGUCCGAUGGGAGCAGCCCGAGUGUUAUGACGACGUGAGUUUUCAUCCAAAACUCUUUCUUCCAUUUACAACAUCUUUUAGAAGAGGCGAAGUAUAGAAAAUCUUUGCAAAAGGCAUCAUCUUCGAAAAUAUUUCCUACUUUCCUACCAAGACUUUUUAUAACUUUUGUUUAUUUUAUUUGGAACAGGCCUUGAGAAAUGGAAGAUUUCAGUCAAUUUGUUUCGUGGGCAACGAGAUUCGAUACCUGGCCCACAGCGUCGUCUUCGCAUUUUUUCUGCCGGCCUCGGUCACACUUACGCUCUACUGGCGCAUCUACAAGUUGGCCCGAAACCGACAGAAGGCGCUGGACCGCGGAUUUCUCAUGAUUUUGGGCCAGAACAUGAACUUCCUCACCAACACCAUCAGUCAGCAGGUCCGUUCUCUUUCCCAAUUCCACUCGCACAUUUUUGAUUCCAACCUGAUUGCGGUGAUGUCAAGGCGUAUCUAGACGAUGAUCUCCAGAAAACUUUCUGUUAACAGGACAAAAAUUCAUCGAUUUUUUGUGUUCCCUUACAUGUCCCCUUGAUUUUCGUGCCUCCCUGCCGUUGUAACAACCGUUUCUGCCGUUUUCAAUCCCUUUAAUGUCGUUGACCACGCCGCAGAAAAUCAGGAAUAAACAUGCUCGUGUAUUCAGCCGAUUCAGACGACCCUUCGUGUACAUUUCGGCAAAAAUAAUGGAAUGGUAGAGCAUCAGAGAAGAGUUCUGCGGACACAUGAACGGAUCGCCAAGACCCUCGGCGUCGUCUCAUGUUCGUUCCUCUUCUGCUGGCUGCCAUUCUUCAGCCUCUACCUCACAAGUGAGUACCAUACUUGUUCAAAAAAUUAGAAAAUAUGCAGACUACAAGUGCUCGGGUUGCAUUCCGCCGAUAGCGCUCGACGUCGCCAGCUGGCUCGGCUACUGCAACUCCAUGCUCAACCCCAUCAUCUACUCCUUCACCGUCAAAGAGUUCAAGCGGUCCGCGCUACGUCUGGUGGUGCCAGUCUGGCAGUUCGCCCAUCGGCUUUUGUCCUGCAUCCCGCCGCCGCCAGACCACGUCAUGCAGCGAAUGUCGCGACAUGGACAUCGCGCCAAGCAGAAGACGCGACAUCGCUCCUUCGAGAUGGGUGCAAACAAGAGCGGCGUCCUAACGACUCGUGUCUGCCACAAACGACGGCAAACCGAGCCGGCCGUCUUCGGUUUGCAGAAAAAGGUUUUUUUUCCUUUUUUUCUUCCUUUAUACGAUGUUAGAAAUUUCUUGAUUUGAUAAUUGCUAAUUCCCGAGGUUCACGACUAUUUGCUUCACUUCUAUGGAAAAAAGAAGGAUAUCUACUUUUCUAGCUUCGAGUAGUUUGGAUUUAAUGUUUAAAGAAAUGUCAUAACAGUAGAUGAAAGGGUAUUUCGAGGACCUCGAAGAAAUUUGCAAGAAAAACUCUAGUUUACUAUUUCUUGCGAUGCCCUGCCACCUAACCAAACGAUUUCAGCCGAGCGCACUUGGCACAGAGCCGAUGGUCGUGGAGGAGGACGAGGACGCGGUGGUCGACUAUUCGGAGACCAACGGCUUCACGACGUACCACGAGACGACGGCGUCGCAGUCGCAGCAGCGAUUCUCUUCCCGACGUCUCUCCGAUCAGCCGCCCCUGAUGCCUAUCAUCGAGCACGACAGCAAGACCAACGGCUCGACUCGCAACGGCGGAUCGCGUUGUUUCGUCGAGGACGACGAGUCUUGUUCGCUACGAGUCAUCUGCGAUACGAAGGCCGCCGAAGUUUAA